AUGAAUCCUUUUACGUUUCAACACGAAUCGCUCCAAACGACUCUCAGAGGACUAGAAGCAUCUGGAGUGGCACAGUUCCGUGGCAUCCCGUACGGUUAUAUUCCACGACGCUUUGCCGAAGCCGAGAAAAUCCAGCACCUGCCAAAAGAUCUCGACUGCACCGAAUUUGGCCCUAAAUGUCCUCAAAUCUACGUCGAUGUAGGCCAUCUGUUACGCAUACCGCCUCAUCACAUACUGCCACGGGAGCCCGAAGACGAGUUCAACUGCACUAACUUGGAUGUGGUCUUGCCUAAGAGCGAUCUUCUAUCAACCUCAAAUAGGCUUCCAGUUCUGGUCUGGAUCCAUGGAGGAUCACAGGCUGUUACAUUUGGUAACGCUGCGUCUGGGAUUUGUGUAGCAGACUCGAUCCGUUUAGGCAAACCAAUUAUUGUCGUCUCCGUUCAAUACAGACUCAAUGUAUUUGCGCUUGGCAAUGGAGAGGGAUCGGUCAACCUGGCACUGCGCGACCAGGCACUGGCUCUACAAUGGGUCCAGGAAAACAUCGCAGGGUUCAAUGGAGAUCCGACUCAAGUGACUUUGGCUGGCGAAAGUGCCGGAGCAGUAUACUGUCACGCUCACUUGGUUAUCAAUUCCCCGGCCAGACAGUUUAUUCUUGCAUCUGGAUCACUAUUCCUAUCGCCACCUCAGCCGCCUAAAUCAGUCCAGGCUCUCCGCGAUGCCAUUCUAAAACAACUUCAAGCUAUCAACCCAUCAUUCAACUUAGAUAAUGCACCAGCAAAAGAGGUUGUCAAAGCAAUCAGACUCUCUGGCAUACAGUCUUUCUUCCUCCAGUGGGAGGAUCGAUUUAAAGACUGGCAGAAAGAGACUAAAACCGCAGAGCGCAUCGUUCUAAGUGACAUGGAAAGAGAGGCAGCUAUUUGGCAAGCAGGAGUGCGAGCAACCAGCACGAAUGAUAUUCUAAAAGCGUUUAACGCUGCCGAACAGUAUGCCGACCAACUCAAGAAGAUGUAUCACAUCUAUUUGGAUCGACCCUCUUCCUGUCAAAAUGGUGCCCUCGACUUUAUCAACGAUUACAAGUUCGUGUUACCGAUAAAUCGUCUAGAAAAGCUUUGGAAUGAUUCACAAAAGCCUAUCUUUAGGUACUUGGUGGAUGAGGUCAACUCGUGGCAGUCCUCCAGUGGAGCUCAUCAUGCCUUGGAUCUGGUUUUGCUAUUUGGAGGGUUUGAUCAAGAAUUUCCCGAUAGUACUAAGCUCACUGGUCAGGCUAUGCGAAAAGCAUGGAUCCAGUUUAUAAAUCUGGAGCAGCCAUGGACGACUUCUGGGUCUGAACCAUACUACAGCUUUGGUCCCCAUGGAGUGUCCCAGUCAGUAAAUAAAUCGGGACUUGGGGCUCGGCGGAGAAUGACUCAAACGGAGAUGUUAGGCCGGAUGGAUAGUGUAUUGCUGGAUAAGGUGUUCACUGGCCUUGCAGCAGGCAAAGUAAGCUUACUCAAUUAG